AUGUACCAGUCGCUAGAUAUUGAAAAUAUAAUUGAAAAGAUGACUGUAUUGGAAAAAGCCCAAUUGUUGGCAGGCGUAGAUAGAUGGCAUACUGCAGCAAUUCCUAGAUUAAAUAUUCCUUCUAUCAGAUUUACAGAUGGUCCCAAUGGGGUACGUGGUACCUCUUUUUUUCCCGGGAUUAAGUCAGCUUGUUUUCCUUGUGGUACUUCACUUGGGGCUACUUGGGAUAAAAGAAUGUUAUAUGAGGUAGGUGAGUUAUUGGCAAUUGAAGCAAAACAUAAAAGUGCACAUGUAAUUUUAGGUCCUACAGUGAACAUUCAAAGAUCUCCUCUUGGAGGUAGAGGUUAUGAAUCAUAUUCUGAGGAUCCAGUUUUGUCGGGGUUAUUAGCUGCAGCUAUUAUUAAUGGAAUACAAGGUAAAGGUAUAGCAGCAUGUAUUAAGCAUUAUGUAUGUAAUGAUAUUGAGGAUGAGAGGAUUGCUAUUAAUAUCAAUAUUAGUGAACGUGCUAUAAGGGAAAUUUAUAUAAAACCAUUUAUGUUAGCUUUAAAAUACGCUAAUCCAGCAGUUUUAAUGACCUCCUAUUCCAAGGUUAAUGGAACACAUGUCUCUCAAAGUAAGAAGCUUUUAAAAGAGUUGCUACGUGAUGAAUAUGGAUGGGGUGGUACUAUUAUUUCAGAUUGGUAUGGAACAUAUGAUACGAAAUUAUCAAUCAAAAAUGGCUUAGAUAUUGAAAUGCCUGGACCCCCAAAACUAAGAAUACCUUUUCAGGUUUCUUUACAAAUAAAGUCUAAAGAGCUUCAUGUUGAUGAUUUAAAUGAUAGGGUAAAGAAUAUAUUGAAGCUAAUCGAUUAUUUGAAGGAUUCUUACAUUCCAGAAGGAGGAACUGAAGAUGAAAAUAACAAUACAACAGGUACUGCAAACAAAUUAAGAGCCUACAGCUCAAAUGGGAUAGUUUUGUUAAAAAAUGAAAAUGAUGUUUUGCCAUUAAGAACAAGUGAAAAAAUUGCUAUUAUUGGUCCAAAUGCAAAAAACACAUCAGCGCAUGGUGGUGGUUCUGCAGCUCUAAAUGCAUAUUAUACACUAUCUCCAUAUGAUUGUAUCAAUAAAAGAUUUGUCUAUGAAGUUGAUUAUACAGUUGGAGCAUAUUCUCAUAAGCUUUUACCUCAAUUAGGUCCCCAAAUGAUCAGAGAAGAUAACCUGCAAGGUUAUAGCUGCAAAGUAUAUCUUGACCCACCAAGCGUCGAAAAUAGAACUUUGAUUGAUCAUUUUAAUUUAAGUAAUUCAUAUAUAAGGUUACCUGAUUAUGAAAAUAAACAAAUUCCACAAAGUAAUAUUUUCUUUAUGGACAUGGAAGGAAAUUUUAUUCCAGAUGAUGAUGACUACUAUGAAUUUGGGCUCACAGUGGUUGGAACUGCUCAGUUAUUUAUUGAUGGUAAAUUAAUCGUAGAUAAUAAAAGUAAUCAAAGAAGGGGAACGUCAUUUUACAAUACAGGAACUUUAGAAGAGAAGGGAACAGUAUUUUUGAGAAAAGGUCAAAAAUAUAAAAUAAAGAUUGAAUUUGGAAGUGGUCCCACUUCAACAUUGCUGGGGUCUACAGAUUCUUUAAGCGAUGCUGGUGGGGCAAUAGCUUUUGGAGGGUGCAAAGUUAUUGAUCCAGAAAAGGAGAUUCAAAAAGCGGUUGAAAUUGCCAAGCAAAAUGAUAAGCUCAUAGUUGUCAUUGGUUUGUCUGGAGAAUGGGAAAGCGAAGGUUAUGAUAGACCAGAUAUGAGAUUACCUGGCCUUACUUAUAAACUUGUCGAAGAGGUUUCAAAAGUUAACAAAAAUGUAAUUGUUGUUAACCAAUCAGGUACUCCUGUAGAUCUAUUAUUUCUCGACAAUAUUCCAGCGUUAGUUCAACAUUGGUUUGGUGGUAAUGAGGGAGCGAAUGCUCUUGCGGAUAUAUUAUUUGGUGAUGUAAAUCCUAGUGGUAAACUACCCUUAACAUUUCCGAAAAGGGUGCAGAAUAAUCCUUCAUUUCUAAAUUUCAAGUCUGAAAGGGGGCAGGUUACAUAUGGAGAGGGGAUUUUCGUAGGUUACAGAUACUACGAGGCUGUUGAUCAGGAAGUUAUAUUUCCUUUUGGAUUUGGUUUAAGUUAUACUAAAUUCGAUUUUGCAAAUUUAAAUAUAGAAAAAAUAACUGAUAAUAAAAUUAAGCUUUCAGUUACAUUAGAAAAUAUAGGUGACAGAGAUGGCAAAGAAGUUGUUCAAGUGUAUGUUUCCCAACAAAGCACCACAGUUAAUAGACCAAGAAAAGAAUUGAUAAAUUUUGAAAAAGUUUUUAUUAAAAAGGGUCAAAUUGAAACAGUAUAUAAUGAUCUUGAUCUCAAACUAGCCACCUCAUUUUGGGAUGAGUAUGCUAAUAAGUGGAUUAGUGAAGCGGGUGAUUAUAACAUUUUAGUUGGUAAUAGCAGUGACAAUAUUACAUUAUGCAAAUCUUUCAAAAUUAUGAAAGAAACAUUUUUCCUUGGUUUAUAG